AUGAAUAGAUCUCAAUCCCCCAUUAAUAAUAGUCGUAAUCAUAGUGCAUCUAAAAGAUAUGUCUCACCAAAUGAAAGAUAAAACACAUAAGAGAAUGAAUAAGUAAUUAAAUUAAAAUAUUAAAUCAGAAUCAUAAGAAAUUACCACCUACUUAAUAAGUCAAAUCUAAAAUAAUUAACAUUGAUUAAUAAUCUGAUAUAAGUAGUGUAUUAGGUGAAGUCAAUAUUAACAAUACUAGUAAAAUGUCAAAUAUGACUUAAUUUGCUAAUUUCAUGUAUGUUCCAUGUCCAACUCAUCCAGAAUUUUUUAUUACUAAUCUAUGUUAAGAUUAAGUAUGUUUGUUUAUUUUUAUUUUCAUAUAGAAUUGUAUUGAACCUCUUUGUCCUGAAUGUAUUAAUGAACAUCUUUAAAUGCAUUAAUAAAAAGGAAGAGUUCCUAAAUUAGAAAAUAUCCAAAGAGUUAGAAAAGAUAAUACAUAUAAAAUAGAUGA